AUGAAUAAUGGAACGGAAGUUACCAUGUUUGUACUGAAAGGCUUCACAGACAACUGGGAACUGCAGAUUAUUUUCUUUUUCCUGUUUCUAGCAAUAUACCUUUUCACUCUCAUGGGAAAUUUAGGACUGAUUGCAUUGGUCAUUAGAGAUUUUCGGCUCCACAAUCCCAUGUAUUAUUUCCUGAGUGUGUUGUCAUCUGUGGAUGCCUGCUUUUCCUCAGUUAUCACACCAAACAUGUUAAUAGAUUUUGUGUCAAAAAGUAAAGCUAUUUCAUUUCUGGGAUGUGCAGUGCAGUCAUUUUUUAGUAUUACUUUUGGGACCACAGAAUGCUUUCUCUUGGCUGUCAUGGCUUAUGAUCGCUAUGCAGCCAUCUACAAUCCACUUCUGUACUCAGUGAGGAUGUCACCCAGUGUCUAUGUGCCUCUCAUCAUUGCCUCGUACAUUGGAGGCAUUUUACAUGCUGUUGUACACACAGGGUCCACAUUUACCCUGACCUUCUGUUCAUCCAAUGAAAUUAGCCAUUUCUUUUGUGAUAUCCCACCCCUCCUUGCUAUUUCCUGUUCUGACACCCACACAAACCAGUUACUACUCUUCUAUUUUGUGGGCUCUGUUGAAAUAGCUACUAUCUUGAUUGUCCUGAUCUCCUAUGGUUUCAUUCUGUUGGCUAUUCUGAGGAUGCAUUCUGUUGAAGGCAGGAAAAAAGUCUUUUCUACAUGUGGGUCUCACCUCACUGGAGUGUCUGUUUUUCAUGGGACACUCCUAUUCAUGUAUGUGAGACCAAGUUCAAACUAUGUUCUGGAACAUGACAUGAUAGUGUCAAUAUUUUACACCAUUAUAAUUCCAAUGUUGAAUCCCAUUAUCUACAGUUUGAGAAAUAAAGAUGUGAAACAGGCAUUAAGAAGAGUAUUUGGGAAAAAUCAGAAUAUUAUAAAGUGCAUUUUUAACAUUAAACAUUAA